AUGGAGGUUGGGAACACUUUUAUGUUAUCUCGUGUUGUGAAAAUGGUUGUAAGUUCUACAGUAAAGAGAUCCCCAUAUGCAGUCAAUUCAGUGUUUCCUGGUGUGGAAGCGCAAUUAGUAAAGACUCUGGUGAAUGAAGUGAUCAAGAUAUUCAACAGAGUACCGUUAGAUGUUGCCAAGCACCCUGUGGGACUGAAAAGCCUGACCAACCAUCUCAUCCACAAAUUUAUACUCAAUUCAGAGGAAGGUGUGAUCAAAGCUGGAUUAGUAGGCAUUGGUGGUAUUGGUAAGACCACACUUGCCAAGGCUAUGUACAAUCGAGUUUCUUCUAAAUUUGACGCUACCUCGUUUGUGUUCAAUGUCCGUGCUACUGCUGCAGAGGGCAGGGACUUACCAAAAUUGCAGAAAAAAAUUCUUGAAGAUUUAAUCAAGUAUGAUGGAAAAGUGGACAGUGUGGACGAGGGCAUAACUUUGUUCAAGGAUCGUUUGGGACGAAAACGUGUACUUCUGAUUUUAGAUGAUGUGGAUAGUAUGGAGCAAUCAAAUGCUUUGGUUGGUAAUUGGCUGGGCCCUGGUAGCAGAGUUAUUAUUACAACCAGAGACGCACAAAUUUUUCAUCUGGCAAAAAUUUCAUCUGAAUGGAUCCACGAGAUGAGUGGAUUGCAGUUAAAUGAAGGUCUCCAACUGUUUAGUUGGCAUGCCUUUCUCAGAGCAUCUCCAAUUACCACGCACGAAGAUCUGUCCAAUAGAAUAGUGGAGGCUUGUAAGGGGCAUCCUCUUUCACUGGAAGUGAUUGGAUCGUUCUUGUAUGAGCAGAAAAACCCAGAUUGCUGGACAGAAACCCUUCACAACAUUACUCAGCACCCAGAGAUUCAUGAUAGACUCAAAAUCAGUUACAAUGCCCUUAGUGCAGAUGAAAAAGAAAUAUUUCUCGACAUCGCUUGCUUCUUCAUAGGAGAAGACAAGUAUUUUCCCAUUGUUUUCUGGAAACCUUUGUGCAGGAUGGUAGAAUCAGCUAUACAUAGUCUUUCCCUGAAGUUACUGGUAAGAAUUGACGACAAUGGUGUGUUUGAUAUGCAUGACCAUUUGCGAGAUAUGGGGCGAAACAUCGCUGAAAGAGAGCGUACCCGACUAUGGAAGGCAGUUGAUUUAAGAACCAUAUCCAAUGACAACAAUUUCUCUCGCCUUCAAUUGAAUGGAGGUAAUCCACCAAGGCCUGAAACAUCGUACGGAUCUGCUCUUCGAUUUCUUCACUUGGAGGAUGUGCCCAUUGACGGAACCACGCGAGCCAUGCUUUCUCCAACUUUGAUAUGGUUACGGUUGCAAAAUUGUCAGAAGCCAUUUCAGUUCAGCAACUUUUGUCGCUCUUUAAUACAACGGCCAUUUCGGUUCAGCCUUGUGCAUAGGAUUUCGGAUUUGAGGAUAAUGCAAGUACAUGGCGAUAUUUACAGCUUUCAACAUUCACUCUCUAAAAUUCUGGGCAACUUGUCACAGUUACAGCAUUUAGAGUUGAGAUACUAUAAAAAUUUAAAUAGUCUCCAUAGCAUUGGCAAUCUGUCAAUGCUGCAGUGUUUAGAUUUGGAAUGGUGUACAAAUUUAAAAAAACUUUCUAGUACCAUUGGCACUCUGUCACAGUUACAGAUUUUAAAGUUGAGAUACUGUAAGAAAUUAAAUAAGCUCCUUGAUAAAAUUGGUCAUAUGUCAAAGCUGCAGCAUUUAGAUUUGGAAGGGUGUACAAAAUUAAAUAAGCUUCCUCAAACCAUUGGCAACCUAUCACAACUGCAGUAUUUAAAUUUGAAAGGCUGUAAGAAAUUAAAUAAGCUUCCUGAUAGCAUUGGCAACCUAUCAGAGCUGCGGCAUUUAGACUUGAGAUGGUGUGAAGAUUUAAAUAAUCUCCCUGAGACCAUUGGCAGCCUAUCACAGCUGCAGUAUUUAGACUUCGCAAUGUGUGAGAAAUUGAACAGCCUCCCUGAUAGCAUUGGCAGCCUAUCACAGCUCAAGCAUUUAGACUUGGCAGGAUGUGCAAAUUUAAAUAAACUUCCUGAUAGCAUUGGCAACCUUUCACGGCUCAAACAUUUAAACUUGCACUGGUGUAAGAAAUUAAAUAACCUCCCUGAUAGCAUGGGCAACCUAUCACAGCUCCAAGAUUUAGACUUGAGAGAGUGUGAGAAUCUAAAUAACAUCCCUGAUAGCAUUCAGAGCCUAUCAAAUCAUGGGCUGCGAAUAGAGGGCACAUUGUGA